AAUCCACGCACCGGAGGGAGGCGGAUAACGACUCGCUUUCUUCGGCCACCGUUCCAGCCCAUGGCCUUCGCUUCCGCGAUCCACCACCGCCCGUGUGUUCGAGCCCCUCUCAUGUUCGAUCCCGGGCGGCUUGGGGGCUCUUCUGUUUCCUCCCUCCGCCGCCAUGCCCUCGCCGCCGCCCCUCGCGAUCCAGCUAGGAGUUGUCGCUUCUGCAGGCUUUCAAUUGGCAUUCCGUGGGCGAAAGGGACCGACCAAGAAGACAUCUCGGUUGCGGAGGAUAAGGAGAAGAACAAUUCUUCAUCACAUGAUGAGGUAAACAUUAUUGGGGUGGCUAUUCGAGAUCCUGUUUCAUGUGGUACAGAAAGCACAUUGGCAGACAAAUCCUCUUCUAUGAAAACAGUUGCAUUAUGGGUGUUUGCUGCUUCGGCUUUUGGAAUUUGCUUGGGUUUUAAGGAUGGCAUUGAAAAGGCAUCUGAAUUUUUUGCAGGCUAUAUUCUGGAACAGAGUCUUUCAGUCGACAAUCUCUUUGUCUUUGUUUUAAUUUUCAGUUAUUUCAAAGUUCCUGUGAAGUGUCAGAGUCAAGUGCUUUCAUAUGGUAUUGCUGGUGCAAUCAUUUUCCGUGCAGUAGUAAUCCUACUUGGGACUGCAACAAUUCAGAGAUUUGAGUUAGUUAAUGUUCUACUGGCCUUGAUCCUUCUAUUUUCAUCAUACAAGUUGUUUUCUGCUGAAGAAGAGGAGGCUGAUCUGGCUGAUAACUUCAUUGUAAAAACAUGCCAAAAGUUUAUCCCUGUUACAGAUUAUUACGAUGGGGGUAGAUUCUUCACAAUUAAAGAUGGCGUGAGGAAAGCUACACCAUUACUACUCGCUCUUGCAGUUGUGGAGCUGAGUGAUAUUGCAUUUGCUGUGGAUUCAAUACCAGCAGUUUUUGGUGUUACAAGGGAUCCUUUCAUUGUCUUCUCGUCAAACCUAUUUGCUAUAUGCGGUCUAAGGUCACUGUACGUGCUCAUUUCGGAAAGCAUGUCUGAGAUGGAGUAUUUACAGCCUGCUAUUGGUGUUGUCUUGGGCUUCAUCGGAACAAAAAUGCUGUUUGACUUUUUUGGGUAUCAUGUAUCGACUGAGGCUUCCUUAUGUUUUGUCGCGAUAACUCUUGGUACCGGAGUCUUGUUGAGCCUAAGAAAAAACCAGAGCGAUUGAGCUAAAGACACCAGAGCAGCAGCAUAUAGUUCUCUGGAUGAAGAACUCAAAGAAUUGUGCAAUGGAUUCUCAAGACAAUCGAGCAGCUUAUAGAAGUAAAGCAAUGAGGCAAUGCCAUUUCAAAGCUGGGCUGUUCAUUACUUUUAGUCAUCCUUUAAGAUUAUACGAGUCCACCUGGGCAAAAAUAAUUAGUUCUGUUGUAAAAUUAUCGUGCAGAAAAUUUAUUGUAUUAGUUUUUAGAUAA